GGCACCGAGGGAGCGCUCACCAUGAAGACCGUGUGGCUGGCACUGUGCGUUCUGGCGUGGUUGUGGCCAGAGGCCCUAGCCGGCUGCACCGAAGCAAGGCUCUGCUGCCCAGGCAGGGACCCCUCCUGUUCCGCCCAAGGCUGGAGGCUGGACAGGGUCUACGGGACGUGCUUCUGCGACCAAGCCUGCCGCCUCACCGGAGACUGCUGCUUCGAUUACUCCAGGGCGUGCCCAGCUCGUCCAUGCAUCGUAGGGGAGUGGAGCCCCUGGAGCGGUUGUGCGGAGCAGUGCAAGCCCACCGCCAGGGUGCGGAGGCGCAGCGUGCGGCAGGAGCCUCAGAACGGUGGGGCGCCCUGCCCGCCCCUGGAAGAGAGAGCCGGCUGCCUGGAGUACUCAACGCUGCAGGGCCAGGACUGCGGGCAUGCUUUCGUUCCUGCCUUCAUAACUACAUCUGCAUUCAACAAAGAGCGAACGAGACAAGCCGCUUCACCACAGUGGUCUACAGACACAGAGGAUGCUGGGUACUGUAUGGAGUUUAAGACAGAGUCAUUGACUCAGCAUUGUGCGAUGGAGAACCGACCUUUGACCCGAUGGAUGCAGUAUCUCCGAGAGGGAUACACAGUGUGUGUGGAUUGUCAGCCUCCAGCUAUGAACUCUGUGAGCCUCCGUUGUUCUGGAGAUGGUUUGGACUCGGACGGAAACCAAACUCUCCAUUGGCAAGCUAUUGGCAAUCCUCGAUGUCAGGGAACUUGGAAAAAAGUUCGGCGAGUAGAUCAGUGUUCUUGCCCAGCUGUCCACAGCUUUAUUUUUAUAUAG